AUGCAAGACACGUCCUCGACCCACCCGUACACGUGCCUGUCGUGCUCGCUCGCGUUCGUCGACGCGGCUUCGCAACGCGAGCAUUAUCAAUCCGAUUUGCACCGUUACAACUCGAAACGACGCGUCGCCGGCUUGCCCCCCGUCACGCAGCAGGUCUUUGAUGACAAGAUCGGCAGCACCAAGCUUGCGGAAGCUGCUGCUUCGGAGGACGAGCAGGAGGAACAGAGGCUCCACUGCAAGGCUUGCAAGUGAGUCUCCGGAACGGCGUGCGAAUUGGCGCAUUCGACGCCACCGUAGACUGAUGUAACGUCCGGGUCUUGCAGGAAAACUUUCGCCACCCUGGCUACCCAAGAAGUACAUCUCGGAUCCAAAAAGCACAAGGAGAACGUCUUUCGUCUCGCGAGUCAGGUCAACGCCAAGUCGCUCUCCACGCCCACCAUCGUCGACGAAUCGAGUCAGGCCCCAGCUCAGACCGAUAUCGCUAUGGACCAAGCUCCCGUUCCAUCCACAUCGACUGCCGUGGUCGAACCCACUGCGGAUGGAAAGGAAGUCCCCUUUGAAUCAUCGGGCGAUCCCAAACUCGAUCUCCUCGUCGCCAGACGCAUUCAAACCGCGCCUCCGAUCGCCCCUACGACGUGUCUCUUCUGCCCCCACACCUCGCCCUCUACGACCGAGAACGUUGCGCACAUGCGUCACCAACAUUCGUUCGUGAUCCCCGAACAGGAGUAUGUCGUCGACCUCGAAGGGCUCUUGCGUCGUCUCGGUGAAGAAGUCGGUACUUGGAACGUGUGCAUCAAUUGCGGCAAAGGCUAUGGAGGCAACAUCAACCUCGACGAAUCGACGGGUUUGUCUUUGGAAGAGUUGGCCAAGAGGGCUAGUAAAGGUGUGGAGGCUGUGAGGGCUCACAUGCAGUCCAAGGGGCAUUGCAAGUUGAGGUACUCGACCGAGGACGAGAAAUUGGAAUUGGCCGAUUUCUACGACUUUAGGUCCUCGUACCCCGAUUUCCAGAAGAAGCUCGACAGGAAGGAAGCCAAGCGAAGGGCCAAGUUGGAGCAACAAAAGGCGGAAGGGUGGGAGGAUAUCGAGGAGGAAGGUCAGACGAACGGGGACGAGGACGCCGAGAUGGAAGUCGUUUACGAGUCCGCCAGCGACGACGAUUCGGACGAUUCCGACGACGACGACCUCCCCGAUUCAGAGAUCACGUAUGGCGAUUCGACUUACGAGUUGGUCCUCCCCUCGGGCGUGAGGAUCGGCCAUCGAGCGCAUCGCUACAUCCACAAGCAGAACCCUCUGCCCUACCUCAACGGCACGACUCCGUUCGACCCGGCGCCUCAUUCGCAACCGAGCAAAGCGUACAAACCCUCGCCUUCGUCGCAAGCUUUGUUACGACUUGUCAACGAUCAGGACGGUUCGGCGCGUGGGCAAGGAGGCAAGUUCGCUCCUCGCUUGGCCGACGCUGCGCUCAUCCCUGCCAAGGGUGCAGGAGCAGGCGGCAAUGGUGAUGUCAUCAAAGCGAGGAACAAGGGUGAGGCCAAGUGGGCCGGCAAGGGGACGCGCGAGUUUGCCGAGUUGCGCCAGAGGGCCAAGCAGGAGUUCGUGAGGGGGAUUCGCGCCAACAGCCAGAAGCAUUACAGGGAUCAUUUGUUGCAGUAG